UCAGCUUUAUAUAUUGGUGUAAUUGUUCGUUCUUCGAAAGCCAACGAACACGAACAGCGAACGAACGCGAUCACGAACGGUUCGUUGACACCUUUGCUUUGAAAUCAACACGCAUGAAAGAUUGUCCCGUAAUGUUGAUGUUAACGUUUUGCGAAUGAAUCAAGUCGGGAUUUUCAGAUAUCGAACAGUUUUCAACACCGUCCUCUGUUACCAGCCAAUUGUUGUUGAUCUCCAAUGACGUGGAGUUCUUUCUGUAACGGAUCACGGCCAGAACGCGAUUAUUCCGGCUGAUAGCGAAGUCAAACUCGACUUCCCGUUCAUUGGUCAUCAAUAAAGUGCCAUCACGCAACGAUACAACAGAAAUGCUAAGCGCAUCAUUGGGGGAAAAGUUUUCCCGGAAAACACGAUUCGCCGCAAUUGGUCACCAGAAAUGGCUUGGAAGUCUGGACCGCUCAGCGUGCAUGGUCCAUACGGUUUAACGUAGACUUUCAUCGUGACCUGUAAAACAAUCAACGAAUUUUUUUUAAUAUUUCGAAAUAGUAUGAUGGUUUCAGAACGAAAAAAAUUACGAAAUACGAUGGCAAAUGUGAAUAAAUAACAAGAAUAUUCGAAGUUGCAAUUAUUCCGUGUGAAAUAUGACGUGAAACGAAAUUAAAAAAUUACGAAACUUGUGGAGUCUUCACAAUCUAACACCUGGAAUGUGUUUAUAUCGCACACUUUUCAAACAAAAGUAAAGGAGUUAUUUACUCAAAGUCAACACUCCAUAUCGAUUCUACCACACAUCAACAAAUCGUUUUUCAUUGGAACUUGUUGUUCACGUGCAAAAUUUACAUAUCUACACAUAAUUCGUUUGCAAAUUCCUUCGUAAGGAAUUUAGUUUUGCCGUACGUGGCAUAGUAACGACAAGAUUACAACAUCCCAUUUUUGACUAUAAAUGACACGCUGAAUUCGUGGGCAUUGAAUUAUUAUUCAAGUGAUUUGACUAUAAUAAACAUGUCUAAGCAAUUGAUGGUUUAUUUGAUUGUGGCUGCUGUUUUGGGAGACCAAUUCAGGCAAACUGAAGGUGAUAAGGACUGGCUGACCAGAAUAAAGGGAGCAACUGAAGGUGGUAAGGACUGGCUGACCAGAAUAAAGAGAGCAGUAACACAAAACAAAAAGAACAAAAGCGGCCAGAAGUCUCUUCAUGUUGCUGCUGAAAAUGGUAAAACAUAUGACGCUGAAAAGCUCAUCAAGAAAGGAGCUAAAGUUGAUGCUACAGACGCUUUUAAUCGCAUACCUCUUCAUUAUGCUGCUAAGAAUGGUCAUAAGAACACCGUUGAAAAGCUAAUCAAAGGAGGAGCCACAGUUGAUUUUGAAGAUGAAAAUAUUCAGACACCUCUCCAUUAUGCUGCUGAUUAUGGUCACAUGGAUGUCGUUAAAAAUCUCAUCAGCAAUGGAGCCGAUAUUGAACUUAAAGACAGUCGUAUGUGGACACCUCUUCAUUUAGCUGUUAUGAAAGGUAGUGAUGAUGUCGUUGAAGAGCUCAUCAAGAGAGGGUCCGAUCUUACUGCUAUAGACAUAUCUGAGAAGACACCUCUUCAUAUGGCUGCUGACAAUGACAACUUAAAGCUUGUUCAACUUCUUGUCAACAAUGGAGCCAGUAUUUUUGCCAUAGACGAACGAAAUCGGACACCUUAUCAAAUAGCGUCUGAGUAUAAAUACAAGGAGGUUGCAGACUAUCUCAAGGAGGUUGAGAAGAAAAGACGCGAUUUACAUUAUAAUCAGACACCUCUUCAUACAGCUGCCGAAAAUGGUCAAAAAGAUGUCGCUGAAAAGCUCAUCGUGGAAGGAGCCCAACUUGAUCCUGCAGACGAUUUUCAACAGACACCUCUUCUUUUAGCAGCUAAGAAUGGUCACUUAAAUGUCGUUGAAAUGCUUAUCACGAAAGGAGCCAAAGUUAAUCCAACGGACGUUCAUAAGCGGACACCCCUUCAUUAUGCUGCUACGAAUGGUCACAAGAAUGUCACUGUAAAGCUCAUCAGCAACGGAGCCAAAGUUAAUCCUAGAGACAAUCGUAUGCGGACACCGCUUCAUUUUGCUUCUAAGAUGGGCUAUUUGGAGUUAGUCCGAUUUCUCAUCGACAAAAAAGCCUCUGUUAAGAGUCAAGAUAAAUAUGGGUGGACAUCACUUCAUCUAGCUGUUAUCAAUGAAGAAAAAGAUGUUGUUGAAGAGCUCAUCAAGAGAGGAUCUAAUCUUACUGUUAUAGACCUUCAUGAAGAGACACCUCUUCAUUUAGCUGCUUUGAAUGGCAACUUACAGCUCGUUCAACUUCUUGUUGACAAUGGAGCCAGUAUUAGUGCUACAGACGAUCGUAAUCGGACGCCGUAUAAGAUAGCUGCUGCUAGUAAAAAUUCCAAGGACGUCGCUGACUAUCUUAAGGGGGUUAUCGAGAAAUGACGCGAUGAACAUAAAUGAAAUUUAUUGCAUUAUCAGAUGCUUCCUCUUAACCCUCUUAUGCAUACAACCGCCUCUAGACGGGCAACAUUUGAACGCCUGUAGAACGUAAACCGUACAUCGAUCACAUUGCUUCAAAAGGAAUUUUUAUUUGUUAAUGUUCUGUCUUUAUUUUUGUCUUUGGCAAUAUUUGUCUAUGUAGUGUGAUUGUAAAGUUAUAAACAAAAAUGUGUGCAAAAACAAAAAUUUGACAAAAUUAAUUAUUCGAACUUCACACAAUUAGACACAUUUUUGACACUUUUAAACAAUGGAUUUGAUUGUUCUCUGUUUUAUGUCAAUCUCAUUUCCUGACUAAACCAUGAGGAAUCCAGGAUUAUGAAUAUUUUUUUGAAUAUCUAUGGCCAAAAAUCAACCAAGUACCAGUACUCCUAGCCCUGGGAAAAAUUAAUGCAUUAAAGGGUUAAAUUACUUACGGUACAGAUAUUGAGUAAAAUAUGUUUUUUUUAAAUUUA